AUGGUGAGAAGUCGUGAAUUUGGCAAACGCGGACUACCUUAUCUAACUCACAAGUGGUCUUCACUAUACACUCUCGAUGCAUUUACACCUGCUGAAAGAAGUAAUUUAAAUAACAGAUUUCUACCGGAUAAAUCGACUGUAGACGACCACUGUAGGUAUGAAUUGUGUCGCUGCUUGUUUUUACCAAAUGGAGAGUUUAUCGCCUUAGGUUCCGUUCCUCCACGAAGAACGAUUCGUGUAUAUCAUCGGCAACUAACCAAGUAUUCACUGUUUAAGGAAAUAUAUUUACCCGGCACAGGUCCUGUUACUGAUUUAGCUCUCAGCAAUCGUGGUGAUCGCAUAGCAGUUGCUACAUUUGAAGCUUUCCUACUUCACGUUCCUCGUGAUAAAUUUUAUGAAGGAUCGAGAUGGAACACUUUUCGUGCACAACCACCAUCUGAGAUUGGAGGAUUGAUGAGUUUAAGAGAAGCAUAUUAUUCCCUAAGUUACUCUUUGGAUGAUGAACACAUUGUGAUUGCUGGAUCAUACGGUUUAAUUACCAUAAUUAAUACUCAGGACUACUCUUAUAGUUUGCACCGUGCACACAUUAGUAAUAUUUCAUCAGUAUCCUGCUCACAUAUUAAUCCGCAUAUUUUUUAUUCUUCAAGUACGGAUGGAUUUUUUAAGAUUUGGGAUAAACGUUUGUUAAGAGAUGACAUUCCUGUUGCACUUUCUAGUAAAAAUGAUUCUGCUAUUAGUAAUAUUGAUAUUGAUGACCAAGAUAUGUAUCUGGUUGCUAGUAAUCAUAACAAUGUCAUCAAUAUUUGGGAUUUGCGGUUGUUGAAUAAGGUACAAGUAGUUAACUGGACUUCAGAUUAUAGUAAAAUGGUGAAAUUAUGGGAAUUGUUUGAAAUUGAGUUUGAAUUUAUAACCCUUGAUAAUUUAUCAGCAUGGACGGUGAAAGACCUCCAUCUCUUUGAAUUCUUUUGGCGCGUAAAAUUUUCCUGUACCAGAACUGGCCAGCGGUACGUACAUGGUGGGAACGACUUGGGAAGAAUUUCUAUCUUCGACAUUCUAACAGGGGAACGUGUCAAAGAUUUUACUGGUUGCAGCUCUACAGUAUUUGAUUCAGUUUGGAAUCCAGAAGAAAAUGAAAUUCUUGGCGUCACGGUAAAAUCAGCUAUUUAUUUAAGAAAUAACGAAAACCAAGUAUCUGGUUUAGUUUUGCUUGAUUUAAAGUUGUUUGAUAAUCAUCAAUUUUCAUUACUGCUUAAUACAAGCAUCCGCGAAAGCCAGACUGAUCUCGCUUUUGAGGGAGAAGUUAAUGACCCAUUAGUGGGUAUCACAAGAUCUAAGCAGGUGACAAACUUAAAGGUGGAACCACCUUCAAACAAAGAAUUGUUGCAAGUGGCAAACUCCAGUUCUACUUUAUGUGCAACUUUGGUACUACUUAUGCUGGUCAUGAUAAUUUUUGUAUUUCUAAAGAUUUGUCGAUUGGCUAGUCAAAUACGGUACAUUCACUGGAAGAAGCAAAUGGCUGAUAAACUAUCGAACCGUACACCUCAGGUAAUAACCCAGCACUGUCCAUAUCGCUCUCAAAAUAAUGCAAAACCAAAAUACAAAAGAUACAGGAAGAAGCUCUCAACUCCUAGCAAAAAGUUGAAGAUUAAUUUAUCGCUAUCUGCUAAGUUCGAUAUGAAAAGUGACGAGCUUGCCGAGGUUACUACCACUUCUGUACCAGCAAAAUCAACAAUGAUAUUAUCUCGCAAAUCUCAACAAGCUAUUAAUGAAAUUUGA